UGCAGGCUUACCGAAGCUCCUCCACGUCCCCAGAGCGCUCACUAAUCCGAGGGGACGAGGAGGGUCAUAAGCUGCGUGUUGUGAGGAACACAAACGAUCCAGACUACGAGCACAUUUACUCUAUAGAGACCUACGAUGAUGAUACUCCAGUGGUGGAGAUUGCUGACUAUGACACCACGGUCAAUAAAAGCCAGGGUCAAACCGUCUCUUUUGAUUCAUUAAAAGCUGAAAGGACAAAAUUUGAGGUGAAAGGUAAAGACUCCUGCAUCUUGCCCAUGGAAGAGGGUAAUUGUUCCUGCUCUACUCUGCGCUGGUACUUUAACUCUGAAGUGGGCGUCUGUAGACCUUUUAUCUACAGCGGCUGUAGAGGAAAUGCUAACCGCUUUUUACAAAAGGAAGAAUGUGAGAAACUCUGUCUACAAGAGUAAGAAGCAUUUUGUUUUAGCUUGAAGACAAGAGUUGACUGUAAAUGGAGGAUCACUAACUCGUCUGCAAUAUGAAAAAAACUAAACCAUAGUGUUUAACACUGCCAUUAUGCACAAGAGAUAAAGAGCUGUCAAUCAUUCAUCAACGCCCCAAGAAAACACCUGAGUAGGUGGAGCAUGGCCAGUGGGAGUGGCUGGCGUUACUAUGCCUGAAGGCACGUGGCGAUGGUGUCCAUGGAGACAGAUGGCAGCUUCACUGGGGUCCAUGGUCUGUCCCUCUUACAGGCUGAAGAUAGCGUGGGGGCCGGACUUCCGCAGCAGGAGGGGACGUGGCUCGGCUUCCGGGCUACAGUGAGUGCUGUGCUGCUGCUGGAGCUGCUCCUGGGGGUGGGUGGCAAUCUCACCGUGCUGGUGUUAUACUGUGGUCACUGCAGCCUGUUGGAGUCCGUCAGUCAUGCCGUCACACUCAGCCUGCACACCCUUGACCUGCUGCUCUGUCUCCUUUGCCUGCCGAUCACUGCCACGCUCCUCAUCCUGGGUGGAGCCUCGGUUCCUCACCACGCCUUUCUCUGCUGUCUCCACGAAUCGGCAGCCAGUUUCGCCAGCGUGGGCACUGCACUUAAUCUCCUGCUCAUCAGCUUAGAUCGCUAUGACAUCAGCGUCCGGCCAGCCAAUCGUCUGCUGACACCUCGAAGGGCGACCAUUUUACUUGUUGGAGUAUGGGCGGUUUCUUUAGCUGUACCCCUCCUACCAUUCUUGGAGGCGGGGUUUGUUUCAGGGCAAGGAGAGGGGGUGUUUGUGCACUCCAAUAGCACUGUGCUUUGUUCAGAGUGGGGGGGAUCUCUACAGGCUCAUCUGUUACUACAGGUUCCUGUGUUCCUGUGCUCUCUCGCUGUGAUGCUGUUUACAUACUCGCGAAUUCUUCAGGCACUGCACAUCCGCAUCGGACGCACACCCAGGCCCCAUCGAGACAGCAAGCGGCCUGUGCAACGCCUCUGGUUACGCCGUAAAAGGUCAACAAGGUCACCGGAUCACACAACGAGAAACACACCCACCUCCCCACCGCCACUUUCUACCGGGCCACUUAUCGCCUCGGAUACAGUUACAACAGUAACCAUCAACACUGAGACGAACACCCCCUCACUCACCACACCACUUAGCCCCACCCCUACUGUAUCCGUGAUAACCUCACCCUUAAGCCCCACCCCCACUGUUUCAAUGGUAACCAAGCCUUUGAGUCCCGCCACAUCUGUGUCCGUCAUAACUAGCCCCCACAUCCCUACCCCUGCUACAUCAUCAGUGACCAUGCCUUUGAGCCCCAUGCCCACUGUGUCCACGGUAACCACUCAGCUAAGCCCCGCCCCCGCCCAAGGGCCACCCAGCAUGGGUGUGGGAGCGUCAGUAUCGGCCAUUUUGGCUCUGCGUCGAGCGGUUCGGCGCCACCGUGAUCGGCGGGAACGUCAAAGACGAGUCUUUCGCAUGUCUGUCAUCAUCAUCCUCUCAUUUCUGCUAUGCUGGGCACCUCUCUCCAUCAUGCCCCUUCUCAUGCUGGCCUUUGGGCCCUCUGAUUGGCUAGAACGCCUGAGACUCUGCUUCCUGGUGCUCGCAUAUUGGACAGUAGUGCUACAUCCGCUACUGUACGCAUUCACGCGGCAAAAACUGCGCAAAGUUCUGCAUACCCGUCUGCGCAGGCUGAGGUCGCAAAAUGCGCAGACUCGUAUUCGCACUAAUACCAGGAUCCACCGCAAGCACAGGGCAGAUUGCAGCGAUGCUACUGACCGCUGCCUGACGGAGGCUGUUAGAGAGUGAGUGUUUGUGUGUCUGUGUGUCUCUUAUAACUAGGCUCACACAGAAUCUGAAUCUGCAUUCCUAUGUGUACAUCCGUCAUUCCCUUGUGUUUUGGUUUAUUCAAUAUUUUGGAUGGAUUUAAUUAUGCUUUCAGCUGGUAAUAUCAAUAUUUUCAGAUCCAUUUAACAUAUUUAACCAUGGGUAAAUCCAAGGCCGUAACCGUAUUUUGAACAUUGAGGA